AUGGUGCAAGACGUUAUCGGCUCCAUCGAUCAGGGCACCCAGUCGACCAGGUUCUUCCUGUACGACAAGGACCUGAACAUCGUCGCCAAGAGCCAGGUGCCCCUCGCGGCGGCCACUCCCCACGCCGGGUGGGUGGAGCAGGAUGCGGAGGCCAUCAUCGCGAGCGUGUCGGAGGCCAUCCGGCAGACGAUGGAGUCGGCCGGCUCCAAGUACAACGUGCUGUCCAUCGGGCUGACCAACCAGCGCGAGACCACGGUGGCCUGGGACAGCGAGACGGGUAAGCCCCUGACCCCCGCCAUCGUCUGGUCCGACGCGCGCACCGCCGCAGUGUGCAAGGCCAUGAGCGACAAGGUGGGCGGCCAGGACGGCCUGCGCGCGGUCACGGGCCUCCCCGUCUCCACCUACUUCUCCGCCUACAAGCUGCGCUGGAUGGUGGAGCACGUCCCCGCGGUGGCGGCGGCGCUGGAGGCGGGCCGCCUCGCGUUCGGCACCGUGGACAGCUGGGUGAUCUACAACCUGACGGGCGGCGUGAAGGGCGGCGUGCACAUCACCGACGUGACUAAUGCCUCGCGCACCAGCCUGAUGGACAUCCGCUCCUGCGACUGGCACGCCGAGACGGUGGCCGCCUUUGGCUUCCAGAAGGUCCUCCUCCCCCGCAUCGUGUCCAACGCAGAGCGCUACGGCGUGCUGGCCAGCGGGCCCCUGGCCGGCGUCCCGCUGGCGGGCUGCCUGGGCGACCAGCAGGCGGCGGUGCUGGGCCAGCGCUGCGCGCUGGGCGAGGCCAAGAACACCUACGGCACCGGCUGCUUCAUGCUGAUGAACACGGGGACGGAGGCGGUGGCCUCCAGCCAUGGCCUGCUGACCACGCUGGCCUACCAGCUGGGACGCGACGCCGCGCCCGAGUACGCGCUGGAGGGCGCCAUCGCCGUGGCGGGGCAGGGCGUGUCCUGGCUCUGCGACUCGCUGGGCCUCAUCGCCAGCCCCGCCGAGUCGGAGGCGCUGGCUGCCAGCGUGCCCCACUCUGGCGGCGUGUACUGCAUCCCCGCCUUUGGCGGCUUGCUGGCGCCCUGGUGGCGCCCCGACGCCCGCGGCGUCAUCGUGGGCCUGACGCAGUACUCCACCAAGGCCCACGUGGUGCGCGCGGUGCUGGAGUCCAUCGCCUUCCAGACCCUGGACGUGCUGGCGGCCAUGGAGGCGGACUCGGGGCACAGGCUGCGCCGCCUGGCCGUGGACGGCGGCGUGACCAAGAACCGCCUGCUCAUGCAGGUGCAGGCCGACCUGCUGCAGUGCGAGGUGGUGAGGCCCGCCAACCAAGAGACCACCUCCCUGGGCGCCGCGCUGGCCGCGGGCAUCGCCGUCGGGUUCUGGACCCGCGAGGGGCUCUUCGCGCAGGCCAAGGGAGGCGAGGGCACCGUCGUCUUCUCGCCCCAAGCCUCGCCGGAGUGGGCCUCCAAGCGCCACGCCAAGUGGAAGCUGGCAGUGCAGCGCGCCAUGGCCCUGGACGAGCUGGCGGAGAGCGACGAGGAGGCAGAGUGA